AUGGGUUCUCUAAUGCAAUCAGAGCCAGAGAUGGAGAAGAAACCAGUAGGGAUUCGAUUCUUGGAACGAAUCAAAGGCUCAAAGCUCUCAUACAAUGCAUACCAAGCGAUAGUCUUGAUCGUCACGUUUCUCGCUUACGCUAGCUAUCACGCUGCAAGAAAAACGACAAGCAUUGUGAAAAGCGCGCUUGAUCCACAAUCUCCAGAUACAGGGCUUAACUCUAACUCCCUCCUCUUGAGAUUCACUUCGUUUCGAUCCUCCUCUGUUGGUGAAGAUGACGGCGGUUGGGCUCCGUUUAACGGACCAAACGGAACGGUUCUGCUCGGUGAGAUCGACGUUGCGUUUCUUGCGGUUUACGCUUUCGGUAUGUACUUCGCUGGACAUUUAGGAGAUAGGAUGAAUCUGAGGAUUUUCUUAACCGUCGGUAUGAUCGGAACCGGAGUGUUUACUUCUCUGUUCGGUGUCGGUUACUGGGCGAAUGUUCACAGCUUUUACUAUUUCUUGAUCAUGCAAAUGCUCGCCGGAUUGUUUCAAUCCUCCGGCUGGCCAUCGGUGGUCGCUGUGGUUGGAAACUGGUUUAACAAGAAGAAGAGAGGUUUGAUCAUGGGGAUAUGGAACGCGCAUACUUCCGUUGGGAACAUCACUGGCUCGUUGAUCGCUGCUGCGAUGUUGAGAUAUGGUUGGGGUUGGUCUUUUGUGGUUCCUGGUGUGGUUAUUGUGUUGGCUGGUCUUGUGAAUUUCGCUUUCUUGCCUGUGAAUCCGGAGAUUGUUGGAGCGGUGAGAGACGAGGAUGUUGAUUCCAGUGAGAAAAUCGGCGACUCUGUGAUUGUUCCGUUGCUAUUGAGUUCGUCGGAUUCCGAAACCGAUGACAAGAAACGAGCUGUUGGAUUCAUCGAGGCGUGGAAGAUUCCUGGAGUUGCACCUUUCGCUCUCUGUUUGUUCUUUGCUAAAUUGGUCGCUUACACUUUCCUCUACUGGCUCCCUUUUUACGUUAGCCACACAGCGAUCGAAGGAGAGUAUUUAUCAGACGAAACAGCUGGGAAUCUUUCGACGAUGUUUGAUGUAGGAGGUGUGGUCGGAGGGAUUAUGGCCGGUUACAUUUCAGACAGAAUUGGAGCAAGAGCGAUAACAGCUGCGAGUUUCAUGUACUGUUCAAUCCCAGCUUUGUUUUUCUACCGGAGCUAUGGACACGUUUCGUUACUAGCCAACGCGUCUCUCAUGUUUGUAACCGGAAUGUUGGUUAAUGGACCUUAUGCAUUGAUCACAACGGCUGUUUCGGCUGAUCUCGGGACGCAUAGCUCGUUGAAAGGAAACUCGAGAGCUUUGGCUACGGUAACGGCUAUUAUAGAUGGGACGGGAUCGGUUGGAGCCGCGGUUGGGCCGUUGCUAACGGGUUAUAUUUCGUCGAGGAGUAGUUGGACCGCGGUUUUCACUAUGUUGAUGGGAGCUGCGUUUGUGGCGGGGCUUUUGUUGACGAGGCUUGUGAUGGCUGAAGUAGCGGCUAAGAUAGCUGAGUCUAGACCAUCGGAAGGAUGUAGAUCUCCGGUGGACCACCACCAGGGUCAAGUGCUAGAAGUGUGA